GAUCAUUCCGUGCCUUCUUCUUUUCCCUCUCUAAACUCAUUUUUUCUCUCUUUUUCUCUCUUCCCUUCCAAAUUAAUGCUAGCCAAAAUAAUUUGAUACUUCUCUAUCAUUAUUUUUCUUCCAAAUUUUGCAUAAAACCCUAUAUUUUCCUCAUUUUCUUUCUAAUUUUCCUAUAUAAUUCAAUUUUACAAUCAAAUCUUUUCAAGAAUAUAUUUUUCUGGGAAACACAAAUACAUACCUUUACUAAAAAAAAAAAUAGUAGCUCUUGUUGUUAGUGAUAUGAUGAAGAAAACAAACAACAAUAUAAAUGUUGGCAAAAUGGAAGGUUUGGAAUGGGAAAUGAGGCCAGGUGGAAUGUUAGUUCAAAAAAGAAACUUGGAUUCCCAUAGAAAUUCUUUUAUUAAUCCCAUUCCCAAAAUUAAAGUCUUGGUGAAAUAUGGAUCUUGUUACCAUGAAAUUCACAUCAAUUCUCAUGCAAGUUUUGGAGAGUUGAAGAAAAUGUUAGCAGGAUUAACAGGGUUACAUCCACAAGAUCAGAAACUUAUCUUUAAAGACAAGGAAAGGGAAUCAAAAUCAUUCCUUGAUGUUUCUGGUGUUAAAGAAGGAUCAAGAAUUGUUCUUGUUCAAGAUAUAAUUAGCCAAGAAAAAAGAUUUCUCCAAACUCGUCGUAAUUCUAUCUUGGAAAUGGCUUUGAAAUCAGUAGCAGAGGUCACCAUCGAAGUUGAUAAGCUUGUUUGUCAGGUAACAUCAAUGGAAUCAGUAGUUUGCAAAGGUGGAAGAAUUCCUGAGAAGGAAUUGUUAACUUUGAUUGAGUUGUUGAUGUCUCAAAUGAUUAAAUUGGAUGGAAUUGUAGCUGAUGGAGAUGUAAAAUUGAAAAGGAAAACACAGGUUAUUAGGAUUCAAAAAACUAUCGAAAAUCUCGAUCGAUUGAAAGCUCAAAAUGCCAUGCCAAUAAGACAUUUUGGUAAUCAAGUUGGGCUAAUAGUGUCACAGCAGCAGCAACAAAGGCCAUUGUUAGUACAACAGCAAAGAGAGCAGAGGAAUUUCUCUAAUGGACAACUUAUGUUGACAUCAAAAUGGGAGAAAUAUUGAUAUUUUUGGGACUUGAGAUUAUAUAUGUGUAUACAGAUUUAUUGAUGGAUUAUGGUAUUGUUGAGCAUGUUGAAAAUGCUGAGCUUCUUGGAAGACUGCCAAUGUAUAUAGCAUAAAGCUAGUAUAGUACUUACUCCGUAAGACCGUAACAGAAAGAAUGCAACAAUUGAAUAUUUUAUACCUCACAAAUAAUACCCAAUCGUUGUAUUCUUUCUGAUACGGAGGAAGUAGUUAAGGUCUUUUGAUUGUUAGGUAUGAAAUUUCCAUCUUGGUUGUUUCUGUCCAUAGGUAUUUUUUACUUUUAGUAGUAUAUAGUAAUCCACCAAUCCCUUUCUUUUUUUAUUUUCACAAUUUCACCUGUGGAAAAUAAACAUUUUUUUUUGGAUUGCU